AAAUCAACUUUAAAAUGCCUUGAACGUAUAUCCUGAAAAAUAUAUUAUAUCUAACGUAAGAAUAACACCGAUAACGGAUAGAUAAUUAAUGAUAACGUAUAAAUAAAUAGCUGCUGAGAUACAUUGUCCAGCGAUAGUUCUCGGGUUUGUGUUCUAGUGUUCUGUUCUGUCUGAAGUUCAAAUAAAGUCUUGAUUCUGAUAAUGGCGGAAGGAUUUAGACGGACGGACUACAUUACUUGGGAUGAAUAUUUCAUGGGUAUAGCACUCCUAUCUGCAGAACGCAGUAAAGAUCCCAAGCGCCAGGUCGGUGCGUGUAUAGUUAAUAAUGAGAAGAAAAUCGUCGGCGUUGGAUAUAAUAGUAUGCCCUACGGAUGCGACGACGACAAGUAUCCUUGGAAGCAAGGCCCGGAAGACAGUUUAGAUGCAAAAUAUCUUUACGUGUCUCACGCCGAACUUAACGCGAUAGUCAACAAAAAUUCGAGUGAUGUUAAAAAUUGCAAGAUCUAUGUCACUUUCUUCCCGUGCAACGAAUGCGCAAAACUGAUAAUACAAAGCGGCAUAAAGGAGAUAAUAUAUAAAUCGUAUCCUAAAAAGGAGGGCACACCGAAGUGGAUAGCUUCAAAAAGAAUGCUUGAUGAUGCUGGUGUUGUAUACAGCCGAUUUGACGAUAUCAAUAUGUCCCCAAGAUCAAGGAUAUUACUUAACUUCGAAAGAGAAAGAGACUAGGGGAUGAUCCAGUCUUCAACCGACCUGUAGCAGAGAGAUCAAAAGCGAUGCAACAAUGGAUACCUAAAUAUAUAAUAAUUCUGACGAAACUCGUUGUCUUUGCUCAGCAUUUGGUGAACAAAAAGAACAGAAUGAUUCUGCCGAUAAUUGGCAGUGAACUGUGAAUUAACGAAACUGUCUGUAUAUCAAUAUGAUCCUUGAUGCUAUAAUAUAUUGUAUGAAUCAUUCUGACGGCAGUGUUUGUCUUACCUUAUUCUUCUGUUACUUCUUUCACACGAUAAAUAUAUCCUAUAUAAAAAAACGACAGUCAUAAAAAUAUACUUAGUUUCUGUAAUUCUAAAUAGCAACUUAAUAAAACC